UCCGAGUGCAAUUCGGAACAGUCGUGCUUUGAAGACAAUCCACUUUUCAUCUCUCCUUGGCCCCAUGACGUAAAAUAAUCCAUUAAAAAGUGGCAUAAAUCUCCGGACACGCCAAGAAUCCGUUCAAUGAAUCUCGCUUCUGUUUCGAGUCAUCUGGAUGAACGUUGGAACUUCGAGGCCUUGCUUAGGUUAGCCACCCCUAGCUUGUGAUCAAUACGUCACCGAGCAAGCAAAUAUCAAGUCCCAAAAUGUCAGAUGUCAGUCAAGCGCAUCGUCCUGAACGCCAGGAGGCUGCUAGCAUCAAAGAAGAGGAGGAGGAACAGUCAUUACACAUCAAGAAGAAGGAAGAAGAAUUGAUCCACAUUAAAGAGGAGUGGGAUGAGUAUUCCAUUAUAGCUGAGAACCCCUGCAUUGAGGAGCAGCAGCAGCCUCAUCCCCUUAAAAAGGAGGAGGAGGACAUCUCCAAGUGGACUGUUGAGCCUUUGAAGGUUGAAGAUGACGGUCCGAGUGAGGGCAGCAGAGGGGCGGAGCCUCCGGGUGGCAGCAGCAGUUCAAAAGAAGGAUCCCGAGCAGACGGCCUCAUCGCUCAACCUUCAGAGAGUGACGACGCCACAUCACACUCGCCGUUCUGUUUAAGAAAAUAUCUUGGUGCCGAGCGGCAGGAGCCUGAAUCUUCUGGCAUUAAAGAUGAUGUUGAGCUCCCCCAAAUCAAAGAGGAGGACCCAGAGCCCUGCCAACAUAAACAACUUCCAAUCAAAAAGGAGGAGGAAGAGCUGUCAUACAUUAAAGAGGAGGAAGGUAACCCCAGAUGGACGGGUGAGCCAUUGAAGAGUGCAGAUGGUCUGUGUGAGGCCAGAAGAGGGGUGGAGUCUCCAAGCUUUGCUAAUAAAGACAAUUUUCGUUUGCAUAUGAGGACCCACAAUGGUGAAAAAACUUUUGCCUGCUCAGUUUGUGGUAAAAAAUUCAGUGGCAAAAGCACCUUAAAAAUACACACAAGAGCCCACACUGGCGAAAAACCUUUUUCCUGCUCAGUUUGUGGGCAAAGAUUCAGUCACAAUUGCACCUUAAAAAGACACACAAGAACACACACUGGCGAAAAACCAUAUUCCUGCUCAGUUUGUGGUCAAGGAUUUAGUCACAAUAGCACCUUAAAAAGACACACAAGAAAUCACACUGGAGAAUUUUUUUUCCCCUGCUCACUUUGUGGUCAAAGGUUCAUUCAGAAGGCAGACUUAAGACAACACACAAUAAGCCACACUGGGGAAAAACCUUUUUCCUGCUCAGUUUGUGGUCAAAGGUUCAUUCAGAAGGGAAACUUGACACAACACACAAGAACCCACACUGGAGAAACAACUUUUUCCUGCUCAGUUUGUGGUCAAGGAUUCAGUCACAAGAGCACCUUAAAGAUACACAAAAUGACCCACACUGGAGAAAAACCUUUUUCCUGUUCAGUUUGUGGUCAAAGGUUCAUUCAGAAGGGAAACUUAACAAAACACAAAAGAACCCACACUGGCGAAAAACCUUUUUCCUGCUCAGUUUGUGGUCAAAGAUUCAGUCAUAGUAGCACCUUAAAAAGACACACAAGAACCCACACUGGCGAAAAACCUUUUUCCUGCUCAGUUUGUGGUCAAAGAUUCGCUCAGAAGAAUUACUUAACAAAACACAAAAGAACCCAUACUGGCAGUAAAACUUUUUCCUGCUCAGUUUGUGGUCAAGGGUUCACUCUCAGGCAGAACUUGGUAAUACACACAAGAACCCACACUGGCGAAAAACCUUUUUCCUGCUCAGUUUGUGGUCAAAGAUUCAGUUACAAGAGCACUUUAAAAAUACACGAAAUGACCCACACUGGAGAAAAACCUUUUUCCUGCUCAUUUUGUGGUCAAAGGUUCAAUCAGAAGGGAAACUUAACGCAACACACAAGAACUCACACAGGCGAAAAACCUUUUUCCUGCUCAGUGUGUGACCAAAGAUUUAGUCAUAAUAGCACCUUGAAAAGUCACACAAGAACUCACACUGGCGAAAAACCUAAUUCCUGAUGAAUGUGUGGUCAAGGAUUCAGUCGCAAGAGCACCUUAAAAAUACACAAAAUGACCCACACUGGAGAAAACCCCUUUUUCCUGCCCAGUUUGUGGUCAAAGAUCCAUUCAGAAGGGAAACUUAACGCAACACACAAGAACCCACACUGGGGGAAAAACUAUAUCCUGCUCAGUUUGUGGUCAAGGAUUCACUUGGAAGGAUUAGAUUAAGAGACACAGUUGUCCAAUUGUGCAAGUUCUCCUACUUGAAAAGAUUAGAGAGGCCUGUAAUUGUCAACAUGGGUAAACCUCAACCACGAAAGACCGAAUGUGGGGGAAAAAAAAAAACAGAAAAUCACAUUGUUUGAUUUAUAAAGAAUUUAUUUCCAAAUUAGAGUGGAAAAUAAGUAUUUGGUCACCUACAAACAAGCAAGAUUUCUGGCUGUCAAAGAGGUCUAACUUCUUCUGAUGAGGUCUAACGAGGCUCCAUUCGUUGCCUGUAUUAAUGGCACCUGUUUUAACUUAUUAUCGGUAUAAAAGACACCCUUCCACAAACUCAGUCACACUCCAAACACCACGAUGGCCAAGACCAAAGAGCUGUCGAAGGACACCAGAGAAAAAAUUGUAGACCUGCACCAGGCUGGGAAGACUGAAUCUGCAAUAGGUAAACUGCUUGGUGUAAAGAAAUCAACUGUGAUAGAAAUUAUUCGAAAAUGGAAGACAUACAAGACCACUGAUGAUCUCCCUCGAUCUGUUGCUUCAUGAAAAAUCUCACCCCGUGGCAUCAAAAUGAUAACAAGAACGGUGAGCAAAAAUCCCAGAACCACACGGGGGGACGUACUGAAUGACCUACACAGAGCUGGGACCACAGUAACAAUGCGCCGCCAGGAACUCAAAUCCUGCACUGCCAGAUUUGUUCCCCCUGCUGAAGAAAGCACACGUCCAGGCCCGUCUGCGGUUUGCUAGAGAGCAUUUGGAUGAUCCAGAAGAGGACUGGGAGAGUGUGUUAUGGUCAGAUGAAACCAAAAUAGAACUUUUUGGUAGAAACACAGGUUCUCGUAUUUGGAGGAGAAAGAAUACUGUAUUGCAUCCGAAGAACACCAUACCCACUGUGAAACAUGGGGGUGGAAACAUCAUGCUUUGAGGCUGUUUUCUGCAAAGGGACCAGGACGACUGAUCUGUAUAAAGGAAAGAAUGAAUGGGGCCAUGUAUCGAGAGAUUUUGAGUGAAAAUCUCCUUCCAUCAGCAAGGGCAUUGAAGAUGAGACGUGGCUGGGUCUUUCAGCAUGACAAUGAUCCCAAACACACAACCAGGGCAACAAAGGAGUGGUUUCGUAAGAAGCAUUUCAAGGUCCUGAAGUGACCUAGCCAGUCUCCAGAUCUCAAUCCCAUAGAAAAUCUGUGGAGAAAGUUGAAAGUCCGUGUUGCCCAACGACAGCCCCAAAACAUCACUGCUCUAGAGGAGGUCUGCAUGGAGGAAUGGGCGAAAAUACCAGCAACAGUGUGUGAAAAGCAUGUGAAGAGUUACAGAAAACACUCAGAAAAAUUAAUUCUUUAAAAAUCAAACAAUGUGAUUUUCUGUUUUUUUUCCCACAUACUGUGUCUCAUGGUUGAGGUUUACCCAUGUUGACAAUUACCGGCUUCUCUCAUAUUUUCAAGUGGGAGAACUUGCACAAUUAGUGGUUGACUAAAUACUUAUUUGCCCCACUGUAUGUGUGUUGGUGUGAGAAGCAAUUGCCAAUGACUGUUUUGCCUGUCAUCCGUGCUGGCUUCAUUAGAUUUUUUUUCACAGGACGAUUGUAUUCUGUAGAGCUCCCUCAAAUCCUGUUGAGGAUUGGUACUUUUGGUGCCUUACAUGUGCUUUUUUGAAUCCACACGCUUGCCGAAAGUAUUGUCUCACCCGAUUUAGUUCUCAAGUAAAGUGUAUUUACAGUGCCUUGCAAAAGUAUUCGGCCUCCUUGAAUCUUGCAACCUUUCGCCACAUUUCAGGCUUCAAA